AGCACCGAGCAGAGGCCGGCCCUCUUGGGCUCCCGGGGGGCAGCGGCUGGCGAGCCUGCCGAGGUCGGGGGCUGCCCUUAGGGGUGCGAGGCCGGCCGGGACCGUGGCCCCCUGAUUCCACUGCCUAAAUGCGCCCCGGCCUGAAGCUGUUGGGGCGUGGGCGGGCACCGGCGUGGAGGCGCUCCGGGGCCGGGCGCUUGGAGGGCUCCCCGGAGGGUCGAAAGGGGCGCCGUGGGCAGAGACCCCGGGUGGGCCGCACCGCCGAUGAAUAUGGGUCUCUGAAUUCAAAGAAGUUAUAUUUUCUUAGGGGAAGAAGUAAUAAAGUCAGCAUUUCUGCAUUACAGUGUUUCUGCCACCUCUGUACAAAGGAUAAUUUUACCUGUGAGACAGAUGGUCUUUGCUUUGUCUCAGUCACUGAGACCACAGACAAAGUUAUACACAAUAGUAUGUGUAUAGCUGAAAUUGACCUAAUUCCUCGAGACAGGCCAUUUGUAUGUGCACCAUCUUCAAAAACAGGGGCAGUUACUACAACAUAUUGCUGCAAUCAGGACCACUGCAAUAAAAUAGAACUCCCAACUACAGGACCUUUUUCAGAAAAGCAGUCAGCUGGCCUUGGUCCUGUGGAGCUGGCAGCUGUCAUUGCUGGUCCAGUCUGCUUCGUCUGCAUUGCACUUAUGCUGAUGGUCUAUAUCUGCCAUAACCGCACUGUCAUUCACCACCGUGUGCCAAAUGAAGAGGAUCCAUCACUAGAUCGCCCUUUCAUUUCAGAGGGCACCACCUUAAAAGAUUUAAUUUAUGAUAUGACAACAUCAGGGUCUGGAUCAGGUUUACCACUGCUUGUUCAAAGAACAAUUGCCAGGACCAUUGUGUUACAAGAAAGCAUUGGCAAAGGUCGGUUUGGAGAAGUUUGGCGAGGCAAAUGGCGGGGAGAAGAAGUUGCUGUGAAGAUAUUCUCUUCUAGAGAAGAGCGUUCAUGGUUCCGAGAGGCAGAGAUUUAUCAGACUGUAAUGUUACGCCAUGAAAAUAUCCUGGGAUUUAUAGCAGCAGACAACAAAGACAAUGGGACAUGGACGCAGCUGUGGUUGGUGUCAGAUUAUCAUGAGCAUGGAUCCCUUUUCGAUUACUUGAAUAGAUACACUGUUACUGUGGAAGGAAUGAUCAAGCUUGCUCUGUCCACAGCAAGUGGUCUUGCCCAUCUUCACAUGGAGAUUGUUGGUACCCAAGGAAAACCAGCUAUUGCCCAUAGAGAUUUGAAAUCAAAGAAUAUCUUGGUGAAGAAAAAUGGAACCUGUUGUAUUGCAGACUUGGGACUUGCUGUGAGACAUGAUUCUGCCACAGAUACAAUUGAUAUUGCUCCAAACCACAGAGUAGGCACUAAAAGGUACAUGGCCCCUGAAGUUCUAGAUGAUUCCAUAAAUAUGAAACAUUUUGAAUCCUUCAAACGCGCUGACAUCUAUGCAAUGGGCUUAGUGUUCUGGGAAAUUGCUCGACGCUGUUCUAUUGGUGGAAUCCAUGAAGACUAUCAGUUGCCUUAUUAUGAUCUUGUACCUUCUGAUCCAUCGGUUGAAGAAAUGAGAAAAGUAGUUUGCGAACAGAAGUUAAGGCCAAAUAUUCCAAACAGAUGGCAGAGCUGUGAGGCCUUGAGAGUGAUGGCUAAAAUUAUGAGAGAAUGCUGGUAUGCCAAUGGAGCAGCAAGGCUGACAGCUUUGCGAAUUAAAAAAACAUUGUCACAACUCAGCCAACAGGAAGGCAUCAAAAUGUAACUGAAACACCGUGGGAACUCUGCUCUCUUCAUAUCUGCUCCUGGGUGUUUAGGAGGCUGGUUGUUCUACCUCACUGAGAGAACAGAGGGCUCUGCUUCCUCUUGCAGCAGUGGAAUAUGGUCAACUGAAAGCUUCCCAGGGUUUCUCUGGGCCCAGAGGCAGCCGUGGGGUCCUUUCUGUGCACUAUGGAUACUUCUUCCAGACAGUUACAGAAUGUUGUGUAGUCUACUUUUGUUUUUAUUAACAAAGCUUGUUUUUAAAGACAACUGCCAGCCCUUAGGGAGCUGCUGUGCUGUUGACCUUCUGUAAGGGUGAAGGAGCUGGGGUGUGGCACUAAAUGAAGCACUUCUGAUUUUCACUCCUAGUAGUACAUUCUCAGAGGACUCUGAACCACUAGUGUUUCCUUGGUUCACUUUGAAUGUACUGUUCUAUAAUUUUUCAAGAUCUUAAACUAACACUUUAAACUCUAUAGUCUAAAAAAUAUGACCUCGUGGAGGCGUGGGGGCACAGUUGCUCCGUUGUAUUUGUGCACAGCUCCUUCACACUCUGAACACAACACACCUUCACAGUAGGGUUGUGCUACACCAGUAAGUGCUACUUUUGCAUCUGUCUAAGUGGAAACGAACAGAACUACUUAAAGGCGGUGUUAAGUCCUGUAUCAUUUUCAUUCAAAAAGUUUAUUUUUCUGAGUAACCUAAACCUUUUCUGGGUUUGUUUUUGUUUUUUGAGGGUUUUUGUGAUAGAUGUCAUUCAGUCUUCAUGCCUUUCUCCUACCCAGAUGUGCUUGAACCACUGAGGCAAGGCUGUAGCAUUGAUAAGCAGUGACUGCCAUGCGGGAACACCCCACAGGAGCACUGGAGCUCUGCAGUUGAGACGUUUAGCCUGAGUUUAUUUUAAGAAGUGAAGUGGCACUCCAAACAUGUACAGUGCUUUAUGGAUGUAAUCAUUAUGGUAUACAGACUCCUUUUGAAAGGGGAGGCUUGUCUAUUGCCGAAGGAAAAGUUGUAUGCUGUUCUGUAAGCCAUUUCUUUUUCUUUAUUUGAUCAAAGCAGUGUUUUGUUUUGUUUUGAUUUUUCUUUUUUGGAAAGGAAUUGCAUUUAAAAUUCAAAUGUGGUUAAUGUUAAAUAAUAGGCCUUUUUCUAGGAAGGCAGAUAUAGUUAAUAUGAAUGUACAAGUGUAGGUGACUUUCACAUGUUAUGUAGCUGUAAGUAUUUGUGGAUUCUAUCUUGGGAAGGGUAGAGUUAGUGGAGUUUUGAGGUCUCACUACCCUUUGAGGAAGGCAGCUUUUAAUUCAGUCUUUUUAUCUCAUAUGUGCAGAUCUUGCAACUGCUUGAUUUACAUGGUAGCAAUGAAUUCAGUGCCACGUUGAUACUAGGAGAAGCAGCAACUAAUAGCUAUUCUGAGUAGAGGCUCUCUUCAUAUAUUCUUGGUCAUAUUAAAUGUCAAAGUCAGUCCGUUGGGUCUUCUCACUGCUGCUGGAGUUAGGUGGUUGAGCCUGGGUUUUACUUCAGUGCUGUCAAAUCUUUGCAGGGCUUGUGUGGCUUUCAAAGUCCUUUUUAUCACUGUGAUCAUAUUCUGGGCGGGGAAAUGUUAUCAUCAUUGCUUGAGACGAGAUGUUGAACAUAGUGAUACCAAUCCCCAGAUAAAAAGGUCAAAAUAACCUUUAGUGUUUAGCCAAGAAGAGAUUGUGACUAUUGAUCUGAAGCAGCUGGGCUCUGUUAAUGUCUUAUUUCAAACCUAGCAUACAUUUGAAGACUAUUUGGUCUUAAACCAAAGUAACUGUAGGACGAAUGACAUACUACCUAGACAUUAGUGUCCGUUUCAUACGUCAGAAACACCAUGGGAAAAAGUACCUAGAGAUUAGUAUCUUUAAUACAAAUCUGAGUUUUUUCUGUAAUUAUCAUGAUUUCAUCAAUGUAAGUAAGGGUUUGUUGUUACAGUUGUAUCACCUGCUUAAAUAAGCUCUUGUGCUAUAAUCAGGUACUUUUGGGGCCUUUGUUUUCAGUUUUUUCCAUUUCUAACCCUUCGAGAUCUGCUUUAUAGAAAUCCAGGGACCAAUGUAUUUUAUCACUAAAACUGUUUUUAUAUAAUUUUAAGACCAUACCAAAAGUUAUCUGAGUUAAAGUUGUAAUACGUUUCUUACUUUCUUGCAAGGAAAUGGGUUUUUACUGAAGACACUUCUCAUGAUAUCUGAAGUUGAAGAAUCAUUAUGUUUUUCUUACCUAAGUGGAUAAAAUGUGCUUUGAUGAAUCAGGGAAUUUUUUAAAGUUCGAAUUUAGUUCUAAAUUGAGUUUACAUGUUUACAGCUAAUUUUUUGUGUAGGGAUAGUUUGAUUCUCUAGGUGGCCAAUACUGAAUAUAAAAAUAACUUAAAAAUUGAGAUAGGUCAUGGUUAAUGUGGCUAUAACUAUAUAUACAUCUAAUUAGAGAAAUAUUUCUAUGUAAUUUUGUAGUGCAGUCUGUUGUUUCUAUUGCCAAUCAAAGACUUCCCCCCAGCCCCAAAGUGUAGUAUGGCUAAGACAUAUCUUCUGACAAAUUACAUAUUAUCUUGUCAAUACCCUGGUUAAGCUAGCAUGAAGGAAGUAUGACUUACUGAGGCUUACACAACUUGAGUCCCUUAUAUCUUCAGCUCUGUUUUUCCCACUCUGCCUUUCUGCUGCCCCCUGGCUCAGAGACUUAGUGUUCCUGACCCCACCUCCAGCCUUUGGACCUAAGAGCUGCUUUUGAGACCUAAAAUGAAGUGAUUGAUGGAAGCUGUGUGACAUUUUUCCACUUCCUUGAGUCACUGGGUGUUAUGAGGGAGUGAUCUGCAAAUUGGGGUAGGGGGUGCCCCUACUGGUAGCCCUGCUUUGAUGUCAGCUCUGGGCAAAGAUUAGGGUGACAGCUAAGUGGCAGUGGAAGUUGGCCUCAGAAGUAGUGGCCAGCUGUGUCUCUAGUAGGACAGUAAAGGCAUGAAGCUCAGCCUGUAAUCCUGCUACUACAGUAGUACUCCAGAAGUGCCUUGAGGCCCUGUGUGGGGCUGUGGCCAUCAAGAAUUCCAGAUUUUGGUUCUCGCUGCAGACUUAAGUGGCCAUGUAGCCAUUUUUGUAAUCCAUACAUGUUUGACUCUUCCCUCUGCAAAUUGUCAGAUACGUAAAACCAAUGACAAACUACUACUUAACAUGCACACCAAAAUCUGCCCAGAAGACAUUGUGAUUUCAUUCCAUGCACUGAAGGAAUGAUUGUAAAUCAUUUCUUUGUUCCUUGGUCAUGGGAGUGUUCUGGUUCUACAUUGUGGAGAUUCCAGCUGUUGUUCUGUUAUAGCCCAGCAGAACAAGUCGACGUGUUGAAAUUCUGAAGAAUAGUUUGGGAGUGCAGUACAGCUUCAUGUGUUGGAUGUUGAAACUUUCAUGGGCCCUCUUUAGAAAAGCAGAGGACUGUCAGCACAUUAUUUUUAAUCCUGUUAUGCACUCGUACUUAUUGUCAGUAACAAUAAGUACGAGUAUUGAAAAUAUUGUCAGUAACAUUCAGUCUCUUUCUUAAAGUGAAUUUGCUUAUUUUUCAAUGAGAUUUGUGAGUUUAAUAUUAUGAACUGUGUUUUGAUAAUCCCUUUUUCACAUUGUGCCAAUGGAAUGGAAUAUUUGAUAUUUCUUUAUAUGUCAAGGAGAUGCUUCAAUAUGUCAUUUGCUUUAAACUUAAAUUACCUCUCAAGAGACCAAGGUACAUUUACCUCAUUGUGUAUAUAAUGUUUAAUAUUUGUCAGCAUCCACCAGGUUUGCAAUUUUAUUUCUAUAAAGUGUGAGUGUUACGUUGCUAAGUUACUCAGAUGGUACUGUAUUGUUUAUAUCUGUACCCCAAAUGACAUCAUCUAGACUUUGUUUUCUGUGUCUUAUUGUAUUUGUGCAGUCCUUUAACCCUGUUGGUGUGAUUGCUGCCCUUUCAGAUAUGUGCAGGUGUCUAUAGAAAUUCUCAUUUAAGGUGAAUGGUUUUGAGAAACCUGUGAAGAGAGAAGCAUAAACUGCAUUUCCCCAUCAGUUUUUUAAAUGUACAUUGUAUGUGUAGUAAUAUUCCAGAUGAAUUGUAAAUAAAAGCUAGGGAGAUGCUUAAAUUUCAUCCUAACACUACAGUAGAAAAUGGAAGCAAUGCAAAUAAACAACUUUUUCCCACCAGU